AGUGGUAAGAAAUUCGUCAAAGAUGCUCCGAAACGUUUCGAGUUGCUGGUUCGCUGCGUGAAAAAGGGUCUCGAGUGCAAAGGGUUAAUUAAAUAAAUCAUCUCUGAAUAACAACUGUUCGUCGUGCGUCCCAUCGUAUCUCUCUUCCACUACAGAAUGUUCAAACUUCUUUUUUUUUUUUUUGAUAAAAAGAAAUUAAUUUUCUCCACCAGAUUGCAACCGAGAUCGCAUCGCUCUUAUCGCCGCAGAAAGGUGACUAUCGAUCUGCAGCGGGGCAACGACAAGUCCUCUACGAUCCAGAGAAGCCCAAAGAAAUUGAUCUGCCCGAAUUCUUCGUGGAUGACGAGUUCGACGUGUUUCGUUCCUUUCGUCGACAAUCGGCUCUACUUCGAUCCGAGCUCUUUGCUCUGUGUCGCAUCGCCAACCGUGGAUCCGCUAGGCUUCGAUCACGUAUCAUCCUCUAGACAGAUGCGUCAUCACCAUCAUCAUCAUCAUCAUCGACAUCAUCAUCAUCAUCAUCACCACAGAAAGCACCGACGCGUGGUCAGCGAUCCUGGCACGAGAAAUUGGAACGUCGGCAAUCAGGAUGCGAAACGACAUCGCAGAAUGUUCAGCUAUGACACGGGCAUUACUGGGCUUAGGUUAAUGGACGAAGGCGAGAUGGCCGAGAGGCAAGUUUCAUCCUCGAACGACGGGACGAAAACGUCGACUUUCAGGAAAGUGCCAUGGCAUCCGAACUUGCACAUGCUCAAAAUCAGAAGAACC